CAGUAUUGAAUUGAGACUCCCAAGAGGAAAGAGAGAGGAGCUCGUGGGUGGGAGCCAGGCGCGCGUGCCCAGCGCUAUGUCUUCCUCCUCCUCUUCUUCUUCUUCCAAAAGGAAAAGCAAAGGGCGCCCUCCUCCCGAGAGAAAUGCCUCCUCCGCCUUGCAUUUCACCGCUGCAGACUUCUUGGAAAAAACGGAUGAUAAAGUCCCGGAAGCAUUCAAAAGAUCUUUUGUGCAGCUGGCACUCAGCAACAUGAAGACGGCAAAUAUCUGCAUUGGGCGGCCAGUUUUGCUGACCAGCGCUAAUGGACAACAAGAGGUCUGUACCGCGUGGCCUGUUCCAGGAUUUUCCGGUGGAACAAUUGGUUUAAGUGAAAUCACACAGAAGAAUCUGAAAGUAGUGCCUGGUAAUGCAGUCAUGGUUCAGCCUGUGACUGGUGCCUUGCUGCAAGCGGAGGAAAUAGUUGUAAAACGCAAGGCUAAAGAUGGCUGUCUUAAUGCAGAUGAGCUCUUCGCUAGUUUUCUGCAUAAUCUAGAUGGUAAAGUUGUAUUACCAGGAAAUAUCCUGCAAAUCACUUUUUAUGGCAGGUCUUGUGACUUGAUAGUUACAGAAGUGAAAGGAACAGAUGGCGUUCUGCUAAAAAUGCCAGACAGCUCAAUUUCUAAGCCCACAGAGGAAUCAUCACUGGAGAAUUUUGAUACCAGUGAUUUCGACUUAUCUGCGCAGCUUGGCAAACUCCUCAUUGAGGAUAGUCAAGGAGCGACAUCUACCAGUACUCCAUGUAAGGAGGCAGAUCACAGCAUAUCAGUUAAUGUUUCCAACGAUGCCCUUGUAUGCAAUGAACUGAGUUUUGGCUCAAUAGAAAAGAGUUCGUUUGGUGAUGGUGCUCCAAUGUCCAUUUCUCACUGUGAAGUUAGUGAUAAAGGUUUUGGAAGUGAAGAAGUACUACAGAAUGAUAAAAGAGGAGCACCUUCGACGUCGCAGACAUUUUACUUCAUCUCAUCAAGGACUAAGAUCAGAUUCACUGAACCUCGAAGCAAAGUAACAGAAGAAUGCAAUCUUGAGCCAAAAGUUACUUAUGAUUCAAUAGGUGGACUCAGUGACCAGUUGAAAAGUAUAAGAGAAAUUAUUGAACUUCCUCUGAAGCAACCUGAUCUCUUUAGGCGUUAUGGAAUCCCGCCUCCAAGGGGGGUGCUGCUCUAUGGCCCUCCAGGAACAGGGAAGACGCUGAUCGCCAGAGCGGUUGCCAAUGAGGUGGGAGCUCAUGUCACCACGAUUAAUGGUCCAGAAAUAAUAAGCAAGUUUUAUGGAGAGAGUGAAGCCAGGCUACGACAAAUAUUUGCUGAAGCAUCUCUACGUCGACCAUCUAUUAUAUUUAUUGAUGAAAUUGAUGCACUCUGUCCAAAGAGGGAAGGGGCACAGAAUGAAUUCGAGAAAAGGAUUGUAGCUUCCUUAUUGACAUUGAUGGAUGGCAUUGGAUCAGAGGGCAACGAAGGGCAACUCUUGGUACUUGGAGCCACGAAUCGUCCCCAUGCUCUCGAUCCAGCCCUGCGCAGACCUGGCCGCUUUGACAAGGAGAUAGAAAUUGGUGUCCCCAAUGCACAAAACCGGCUAGACAUCUUCAACAAGCUUCUUAAUAAGGUUUCUCAUUCAUUGACGGAGACAGAGUUGGUUCAAUUGGCUGAGAGCACCCAUGGAUAUGUAGGAGCAGACCUGGCGGCACUGUGCAAAGAAGCAGGACUAUAUGCUUUGCGGAGAGUGCUUGGGAAGAAAGGAAACGUUUUAGAUGCCGAGGUGUCUGGAUCAGUGAUUAUCACUCCUGAUGACUUUCUGAGGGCUGUGAAUGACGUCAGGCCCAGUGCCAUGAGAGAGGUGGCAAUUGAUGUACCAAAAGUGUCCUGGUCAGACAUUGGGGGGCUGGAAGAUGUCAAGUUAAAACUGAAGCAAGCAGUUGAAUGGCCUCUGAAGCAUCCUGAGUCAUUCACCCGAAUGGGUAUCCAGCCACCGAAAGGUGUGCUUUUGUAUGGACCUCCAGGAUGUUCAAAAACAAUGAUUGCUAAGGCAUUGGCCAAUGAAAGUGGGCUGAACUUCUUGGCAGUGAAGGGACCAGAACUGAUGAACAAGUAUGUUGGAGAAUCUGAACGUGCAGUCAGAGAGAUAUUUAGGAAAGCCCGAGCAGUUUCACCUUCCAUAUUGUUCUUUGAUGAAAUCGAUGGCCUUGCAGUAGAACGGGGAAGCUCUUCAAGUUCUGGAAAUGUAGGAGACCGUGUCUUGGCACAGUUAUUAACAGAAAUGGAUGGGAUUGAACAGCUAAAGGAUGUGACCAUCUUGGCAGCUACAAACAGACCAGAUAUGAUAGACAAGGCUUUGAUGCGACCUGGUCGGAUUGACAGAAUCAUAUAUGUGCCUCUGCCUGAUGCAGCCACUCGCAGAGAAAUCUUGAAAAUUCAGUUUCAUACCAUGCCCAUCUCAGAUGAAGUCUGCCUGGAUGAGCUUGUUCAACGGACGCAGAAAUAUUCAGGAGCAGAGAUAAUUGCAGUGUGCAGAGAAGCUGCCCUACUUGCCCUUCAGGAGGAUAUUCAAGCCAAAUGCAUUAUGGGACAGCAUUUUGAACAAGCCUUAGCUAUUGUGACCCCUAGAAUUCCAGAUUCGCUACAGAAGUUUUAUGACGACUAUCAGCAGAAUAGUGGUUUGCAUUCACUUUGAGAAAUUGAUUAAUAAUGGUUCAGCGUGCAGUACGACUUCAAGAGCUCUUCUAGGAGUUGAAUAGCUUUUUUGUGUGUAGCAAAGACAUUUAUUUUUGUAAGUCAAAUGCUUGAAUUGAACUUUGCUGCAGGAGUUUUCUUAAUAAAGAGCUUGAAUAGCA